GGUACUGUAUCCAACAUGGCGGCCCAACACCGCCUCCUCUGUGGGCGGGGCGCAGCCCUUCCCUCCCCGCCCGGCCCGGCUGUGUGUGCCCGGGCCGCCUCUGGCCGAGCGUGCGUAGUGGAGAGCGGGACAGCGAGGAGUUGGGAGGCUGCGGGGCCGGAUCCGUGUUUACCUGAGCGUGUCGGCUUGGCGCACUUGGUGCUCUUCCUCCUUGCCCAUCUUUGCUGUGAGGAGCCCCAGGAUGAAAUCAUGGACAAUAUCAAAACUGUGAGGGAAGAAUGGAUGUGUAAGUCGAGAACCGAUGACCAGAUAUUGAAUGGUACAGAACAAAACCAUGACUGUUUUGUCGAUAACCUUUUUGAAGAAGCCCAGAAGAUCGGUGCGAUAUGUAUGUCUCCAACUACAGUCAAGAAACAGGUUGAUGUGAUCAUUAAGCUUUGGAAAAAUGGAUUUACAGUAAAUGAUGGUGAACUUAGAAGCUACACUGAUGUUGGAAAUCAGCAGUUCUUGGACUCUGUUAAAAAAGGGGAACUGCCUUUUGAGCUACAGAAAGUAUUUGAGAAGGAAGAGGUAGAUGUGAAGGUGGAAGACAAAAAGAAUGAGUUGUAUCUGUCAUCCAAAAAGCCAAUAUUUCAUCCCUUUUCUGGGCACGGUUACAGAUUAGGAAGUGCAACUCCAAGGAUCGUCUCUAAAGUAAGAGAGGAUCAUCAAGGAGCUGCAGAUAAAAGACACCUUCCUAUAGUACCCUUAAAUGAUUUGGAGCCUGUCACUAACAUCCAGAUCUGGUUGGCAGAUGGGGAGAGGAUCAUUCAGAAAUUCAACAUUUCACACAGAAUAAGCCACGUCAGAGACUUCAUAACGAAGUAUCAAGGAUCAGAGGGAGGUGUUCCCUUCAUGCUGGCCACUUCGAUGCCCUUUCGAGAACUGCAGGAUGAGACGCUCACACUAAAAGAAGCAAAGUUGCAAAAUGCUGUUGUUGUUCAGAGACUUCGGAAAACAACAGAACCUUUUAGACUCCUAGUGGUGAAAGCUCCUGAGAGUGACUGUAAAACUGCUGCUACACCUAAUGGACGGCUCAAGAAUGAGCAACAAAACGCUGUCAGAAGCACAAGUUUAAAUUAGUUUAGAACCGACUGAAAGCUACAGGCAGGCAGAACUAGACAAAACAUAACCAGCAAUAUCUGGAUGCACUGUCAUUCUUACCUAGUGUGAUCUUAGAGAGCAGAUGUGUGCUGUGCUGCAAUCUGCUGUAACAAAGGUAUUUUCAACUAGUUUUGGUGAUCAGAGCCUGGGUGAAUAAUGCAGCAGAGGUAACUGUACAGCAGGGGUUAUCCUUAUGAUUUCCUUGGCUUUGCUGGCAUGUUCUUUAAUGAAUAUACUUAGGUGGAAUGGUACUCUGAGACUUAUUUACUACUGGUAACACAUUUUAGGGAAAAACGAUAUUUAUUUUUGCACUUUGAACUGAAGAGAAACUGAACUGGUUGAUUUAAUUUAUACUUCAAUAUAAAUUGCUCCAGUUUCCCUUUUGGUUUUAGUAACAGGCAAUAGAAGCUGCAGGGAAGUUCACAUUUGAACUCUUCUAAGUAUUUUGAAAAUCAGUUUAAGUAUCAUUAGUAUUUAACUUCAUCACAGGGUCUGCAGUGUGAGUGUCCUAUUAAGUCUUCACAUGAUGGUAGGUGCAUGUGCAAGAAGGUUGAAAUUAGGUAGCGUGGUGCUUACUGGAUAUGAAGUGCCUCAAAGUAAGCUCUGAAGGAACUGUUAUUCCUAAUGGUUGAAGUGUUUUCUGCCUCUCGUGUUCUGCUAAUGAUGUCUUACAGGGUGAUGUUAAACUGCCUGGCUCACUAGGAUAGAGAGCUGCUUUUAGCCUCAUCACGGAGAAACUUCAGUUCUUCUGUAGUUUGCCAUGUGUCUGUAGUGGCUCAGAGGGACACAAUUGCUUUUGUACUAGAGGUCUGUCUGUCCUGAACUCACCAUCUGACUGAGACAUCGACUGCGUGCAGACAAACUUCAAAGAUACCUAAAAUCCUCAUAUGAAAACUGAGGCUGCUCCUCCACCCUUUCACCCUCUUUCCAUUCAGGCUGUAUUUUUUUUUGUCCUUGUAUUUUUUGUAUAAGAUUUGUACCCAACCAUCCCAUGUUUUGCUAAAGGAAAUGUUCAAGGACUAAAUCUAUAUAUUUUGUAUUGGUUGUGUUAAAUCACACGUGGGUUUGUGUUUAAACCUGGAGUUUCUGACUAAAGACUUUCCUGGGGCCUUCAAUAAAUGCUGUUUAGUUUGUGCUACCUACA